UAAUGGAAGUAAAUAAUUGUUGUUUAAACAAGUCUUAACCCUAAGUCAGCAAUUGUUAGAGUUUAGGAAUAUUUGGCAUCCAUCCAUGGAGCAUCAACCUCCUCAACCGGAUUGUAUAGUAAAAAUAGAGGCUAUCAGUUGUUGUGAAAAUUGUGCCAAAAGAGUGAAGAAAAAAAUUGUUCGACUGGAAGGUGUGGAUUCAGUUGAGAUAGAUAGAGAAAGGAGAUGGGUAUAUAUAGGAGGGGAUAUAGAGCCUCAGUUACUCAUGAACUACCUUACUCGGCGAACAGUGAAACCUGACAGUGUAAAACUUAUAUACUAUUGUUCUAAGGAGGCAACAAGUCAUCAUGCCAAGAAUCAAACUCUGAUGGAGAAUAAGAGUAGUACUGAAAGCCAUGUCAAGGAAACUUAUUUUCAUAUGCCAAGUGAUCAUGCCAAGAAUACUAAUGACAAAAGAGAAGGUGGAAAUUACAAUCAAGAAACUCCUCAUCAUACAAAGGGAGACUACGAUCAAAAUCAUUAUGCACCACGUAAAGAUUGGGUCCAUAGACCUGAAAAUUACGUAGCACGGCCACAAAAACAAGAUCAAUAUCAUCCAUAUUGUGAAUGCAGGAAUCCAUCUUGUGACUUCCAUGCUUGGAAGAGACAAGGUAGCACUAAUCCUUUUGAUUUUGACAUGCAUUCUGGUUGAGAGGCCGCUUUUUUACGGAUACCAUAAGCCUAUUAUACGACAAUUUCCUUAUAUAUGAUGUGAGGUCUUCUCAAUAAUUUAUAUGUAGUCAUUGAUAGUAGCUUGUUGCUGUUAGGACUUUUGGAGUUAGAAAAAUGUUAGUGCUAGCUAGUGUGAUACCAAGUGAAAAUGUUACAAAUUCCAACAGCAUUACUGCAGCUCCCCAUUUGAAAUUGGCUUUCUAUAGUUAUAUCUACACAUAUUCAAUUAAGAUUCAAAAAAAUAAAAUCAUUUUGCUUU